GAGGAACUGAAAAAUGUAGGAAUACAUAAAUAAGUCUAGGAAAAAUCCAGAGCUCUGUUUGAAAGAGGUACAAACAGAGAGAGAGAGAGAGAGACCAGAACGGGAGCAGAGGGUUUUGUAAAAGUGCAGAGAAUAAGGAGACUGGAGCACGAAAACAACUCGCUUCACUCUGCAGCACAGCUGUCAACAGUUUUCCAGCCACGAACCCAUCGCUGCAGAAGUUUGUGAGGGCCAAGCGAGGACGUGAGGCAGAGAGGCGAGACAGAGGAGGGAGAGAAGCAGCGAGCCUCGAAUGAGGUGAGGAGGCAGCAGCUGUGGGAGAGCGGCAGCGAAGAGGCAGCGGCGAGAGGUGGGCGGCGAAGGAGCCAGUGUCCUGUGCCUUCAGCAGACGGACGGAGCGAGCGCAGGACGAACGCAGCAGUGAGACGCGAGUGGACAUGGGGCUGUGCGCCGUUCUCCUCAUCUGCCUCUCCCAAGCCGAGCUGGGAAGAGUCUGGGCUCAGGAGCAGGAAGAUGUGCACAGUCUGACUGCUCCCUGGGCAGAAGGGGACCCAUCCGGGUUCUACAGAACCAGAAGGGACCAGGAAACCAAGCAGACCCAGCACAGGCACAGAGAAUCCCGCAACACACGAUCCGAAGGAGGAGGAGGAGUCGACAUUAGCACCCUGCCGGACAACGCCACCCUGAUAGUGGAGGACUCCCAAAGGUACUACAGAUGGCAGAGUUUUGGGCCCACAGACAGGAAGACUGAAACCCUGUGGGUAGAUCUGGACACGCUACCCAAGAGUCAGGUUCGGAUCCACGGGAUUCUGUCCAACGCACACCGACAGGCAGCGAGGGUCGCGCUCUCCUUUGACUUCCCUUUCUACGGACACCACUUGAGACAGAUCACCGUCGCAACUGGAGGGUUCAUCUUCACAGGCGAGAUCACCCAUCGAAUGCUUACAGCCACGCAGUACAUCGCCCCACUCAUGGCCAACUUUGACCCGAGCUUCUCCAAGGACUCUACCGUGAAGUACUCGGACAACGGCAGCCUGUUCGUGGUGCAGUGGGACAGAGUCCGGCUAAAGGACCGGGAGGAGGAAGGAGCUUUCGUUUUCCAGGCGGCCCUCCACAGAAACGGCACCAUCGUUUUCAGCUACAGAGACAUCCCUGUACCAGUGAUGAAAAUGAAUUCCACCGAGCAUCCCGUGAAAGUAGGACUGUCUGACGCCUUUAUGGCUCUGCUCCCGACAGAUGCGAAGCGUCGUACCAUCUAUGAAUAUCACCGCGUUGAGAUCGACGCCACAAAGAUCAUGAGCGGUUCUGCUUUCGAGUUCAUCCCACUGCCCACCUGCCUGCAGCACCUGUCCUGCGACCCGUGCCUGACGUCCAACCUGACAACGGGCUGCGGCUGGUGCAACACGCUCCAACGAUGCUCCGACGGUAUCGACCGGCAUAGACAAGAGUGGUUAGAUUAUAACUGCCCGGAAGAGGCUAAAGGAACAUGUGAGGACUACAACACGUUGCCCCCGGAGGGGUCCACCAGCUCUGCCCCGGGUCCAACGCUCUCCUCAGCAGCACGUGAAAGCCAACCAGUCACCACAGACGUCCAGACAGGUCCUCCAAGCCACAAGGGGAUAUCGGAGAACACAGCCAUCAUAGGAGGUGUCGUGGCCACCCUGGCUCUGCUGGUCACGCUGACCCUACUGGCCGUCUACUACAUCAACACGCACCCUACAGUUGCUCCACCGUUCUACCUCAUGCAGCGGCGCACCAAUAACUACUGGCCCUCUAUGAAGUUCCGCAACCAGGGCUGCCACUCCAGCUACGCUGAGGUCGAGCUUGGGGGUCACGAGAAGGAAGGUUUCAUUGAAGCGGAGCAGUGCUGCUAAGAGCCUGGACCUGGAGGGAGAGGACACCAUUCUGAGGGCUUUAACAGUAUUACAUGGGGAUGAUUACGGACGAUGAGACAGGCCGUGGACACAGGAUGUCCUACCCCAAACUGGGCGACUGAAGUGUUUACUGUAGUUGCUCUACUUUCUGUGUCUCUCGCCGUUUGCCACAAACACGCGCGGGGACUUGUCGCAUUCUCCAUAACUGGAGGAAGCCGUCUGAACAGACAUGACAACAUGCCAAUGCAUCGAUAUACAGAAUCCAUUAACGCAAGGGGACGUCAGGGAAUGAUUCAAACUAGCCUUCAUACUGCAAAUCAGUCUACAGCUCAACUAUGACUUUAUUUUUUUUCAUUUACUUCAUCUCCCUGAGAGCUUAAUGCUUGCAGCUGAGGGAAACACACUUAAAAGUUUCACGACACGUUACUAUGUUAAUGCAGGAUUCUGGACAUUUUCACCUGAUGUGGCAUUUACCUGAGCUGCAGGCCCUUAAGCUCUCAAGAACUAUAAUUACUUUUGAUUUAUAAACUUCCAUGCGAGCAAUGUCACAUUCAUGAAACAAAAGAAAGCUAUUUAGCUAUAUAACUAAUAGUGAUUAUAAUGAUCCACUUGGUCUUUUCUGGAAAAUAUUAUUUGUUUUGCAUCAAGUUAUGAAAGUUUUCUUUGGGUAUUUGUGUUUAAAUGUCUUCUAAUAAAAGCUGGUGUGAGUGUGA